CUCACUGCAGCUCCAUUUGUCCUGAAGUUGUCUGUCAGUGUCUGGUCCAGAGAGUAUAUACUGGUGUACUGUGUAUGUGUGAAUGUGUGUGUUUGUAUGGUAGUGUGUGGUGCGACUACCGGCGUUUGUGAAUUUUGUGCAGUCACAACGAAGAGAAACUUUCAAUUGUGUGAUAAAGCAAUGGCUGCAGCAGAGGUGUUAAGACCACAUUUAGGAAAUAUAAGAGUGCCUGGUAAAACAGAGAAGAUCUUCAAAGAUGAAUGUGCAUUUUCUUUUGAUACCCCCGAAACGGAAACUGGGCUUUACGUGAGUCUUGCCAGUUUCCUGGGGCUUGGUAGAGAGCAUGUUGAACGCUACUACCAGAAAACUGGCAAUGCUGUUUAUUUGCAUAUUUUAAGACAUAAAAGAGAGAUACCUCUAGAACAGCAAGGUGAUGGACCUGAAAAAAAAAUAACUCGAUUAGCAAUUGGUGUUGAAGGAGGAUUUGAUCCAGAUUGUGGGAAGAAAAAAUAUGAAUAUGAAGACGAGUAUUCUGUUGUUGUUUUACCAAGUUUUUCUUCAUUUCCAUGGCCCAACUCAGAAUUUCCAGAGAUAAUUUCAAAUUCUGUGAAGGCAAUUAUUGAGGCAGAUUCUGCCAAGAAAUUAAUAGAAUUGGAGGCUUUGGCUGGAACUUGGGAUGGAGAGACUAGAAUAGUGUCAAAGCAUGCUGCAACUUUACUUCAGCUGGAUAAUGGAAAGAAAAUUCCUCCCAGUGGAUGGAAGUGUGAGAAGUGUGACCUGACUGAAAACCUGUGGUUGAACUUGACCGAUGGAUCAGUGUUGUGUGGCCGACAGUUCUUUGAUGGAAGUGGAGGAAACAAUCAUGCAGUGGAACAUUAUCAAACUACAAAUUAUCCCUUGGCUGUAAAACUUGGAACAAUUACAAAGGAGGGCAAAGGAGAUGUGUACAGUUACGAUGAAGAUGACAUGGUGGAGGAUCCAAAUCUUGCUCAGCAUUUGGCUCAUUUUGGAAUCAACAUAACCCAGAUGGAGAAGACCGAUAAAUCCAUGCUGGAACUGGAAAUAGAUUUGAACCAGCAGACUGGUGAGUGGGGAACUCUGCAGGAAGCAGGGAGCCGACUGACUCUAUUGUAUGGUCCAGGAUAUACAGGAUUAGUAAAUCUUGGCAACUCGUGUUACCUCAACAGCAUCAUGCAAGUUGUGUUUACCCUUCCUGAUUUUUGCAAGAGAUUUGUAGAUGGAGCUCCUGCUAUAUUUAAUAGUGCACCAUCUGAUCCCACUUCUGACUUCAAUGUACAAAUGGCCAAACUUGGUGUAGGCUUAAUGUCAGGAAAGUACUCCAGACCCCCAGCUGAGCCUGGUGUUGAAGAUAGUCAACCUGGAAUAUCACCACAUAUGUUCAAAGCAUUAGUAAGUCGUGGCCACCCUGAAUUUUCUACAAAACGGCAGCAAGAUGCACAGGAGUUUUUCAUGCAUCUUAUAAAUACGCUAGAGAGGCACAGUCGUCACCAGCAAAAUCCAUCAGAAUGUUUCAAGUUUUCUGUUGAGGACCGCUUCCAGUGUUCGGUAUCAAAGAAAGUGAAGUACACCUAUAGGGCUGAGUAUAGUUUGCCCUUGUCAAUACCUUUGGAUGCAGCUACCAACAAGGAAGAGGUGGCAGCAUAUGAAGCUCGUCGAGCAGAGAUGGAAGCUAGGGGGCAGCGCAUAGAUCCAAAUGAGUUGGUGAGGCCUCAUAUCAAAUUGUUUUCCUGCUUGGAGGCUUUCACUCGACCUGAAACUAUUCCUGGUUUCUAUAGUACAGCAAUAAAUGACAAGACCACCGCACAAAAAACUACUCGUCUGGCUUCAUUUCCUGAUUAUUUGCUUCUUCACCUAAAGAAGUUUACGUUGCGAGAGGAUUGGGUGCCAAUCAAGCUUGAUGUGGCAGUGGAAAUGCCAGAUACCCUAAACUUGGAUGCACUGCGAGGCUCUGGGCUGCAGCCUGGGGAAGAGUCAUUACCAGAGCUGACGGAGGCUCCUGCUCCAGAGUUCAACCAAGCCCUGCUUGCUAUGCUAGUGGACAUGGGCUUCCCACUAGAAGCAUGCAAGAAAGCUGUGUAUUUCACUGAUAAUGCUGGGGUAGAUGCAGCCACUGCAUGGCUCAUGACCCACGUAUCAGACUCUGAUUUCUCUGAUCCCUUUGUACCUCCUGGGACUGAUCGCAAACAAGGUGCAAAGAAUUUCAUUCCUAAUGAAGAAGCUCUUGUUAUGCUCACAUCAAUGGGUUUUACAAGAGCUCAGGCCACAAAGGCUCUCAAAGCUACUGACAACAAUAUUGAGCGUGCAGCUGAUUGGAUCUUCAACCACCAGGCAGAGUUAGAUGCUGAUGAGGCCCCUGUAGGGGCUACGCCUGCAGAACCUGCCUUCCGAGAUGGCAAUAGCAUGUACCGUCUAGUAGCAUUCAUUUCACACAUGGGUCCAUCUUCUAUGGUGGGCCAUUAUGUGUGUCAUAUUCUAAAAGAUGAUAAAUGGGUUCUCUUCAACGAUAACAAAGUGGCUCUGUCAGAGAAUCCCCCAAAAGAAUUGGGUUACCUCUACCUCUAUAAACGAAUGUGAAAUGGAGGCAUCGAAGUCUGCGUCUCAUCUGUAAGUGAAUAUAUUGCAAGUUAUCACUCCAAUUUAAUUAUUUCAACUGCACUGGGUCAGAAGACAUAUUGCAGUAUUCAAAAUGAACAUGGCUUGAAAGUUUGCUAUUUAAAUAUGGAAUUUAUAUAAAACGUGAAAGAUCACUGCAUUUAUUGAUUUUUUAAGAAAUUAGUGUUUUAUUUCACACAUAAUGCAAAGUCUUUUGUGGAUAUUUGAUACGUCUUCACUUUCAAGUGGGUUGUGUGUUUGUUGUUGUUGUUUUUGUGUUUUUUUUUGUUUAGAAAAUGAUGUUUAUUGGUGUUGUAUGGACUUCGAUUUGUUUGAUUCAUCUAGUUUGUUCUAAUAGGAAUGUCUUGAUCAGUUUUUCCUGCAAAUAGUUAUGUAUGGGGCAAGCGUUUUGGAAAUCUUAAAUAUGUAUUUUUAUACAUUUCAUUGCCUUAACUAUUAUGCAAAUAUUAGUGAUUACAGACUUCUGUAUAUAAUGGAAAGUAAAUGAGGUUUAUGAAAAUACUGGAUGUACUCAUAUAUAAAGUAAGAUUGCUUAAUGCAAACAACAUAUUUAUUUGUCAACUGAUACAAAAUUAAGUGUAAACAAUUUUUAUAUUGUAUAAAUUACUGUAAAAAAUUGACAAUAAAUGUAUUGGUUAUAUCAGUCUAUCAAUUUCUUAUAAUUAUUUAUUGAGGAAAAGAUUCAAUGUACAUUAGUUGGAACUGUUUUUUAAAUGGCAUUAUAGGAUCUGCGAUUUACAAGAUUGUCAGAGCACUUGUGGGGAAACGUAAUUCCAGCUAAUAAAAUAUCUUGAAGGCCUUUGAGAUCUUUAAUACAUGGCACUAAAACACUCACAAUCAAAUAGGGCACAAAACACAAAGAUGCUAUCCACCAUGAUAUGAGAAUAAGAACCACAAACCAGAAGAUAACAUUAAAGGCCUCUGCUCCUCCUUUUCCAGCUCCCAUUUUUGUUUGUGAGCUUUCGCUGGCGAGGACGACGGGCGGGCGGCGGGCCGUGGCAGGCCUGUGUCGGCGGACAG